CAACGUCUUUCUCUGAUACCAUGGCCCAUCUACAGCCUUUAAAGUUCGUUCAAGUGCUGCCCAAGGCGAAGCAUACCGCGACUGUCUUCUUUAUGCAUGGAUUGGGGGAUAGCGGUGCAGGAUGGGCGCCAGUUGCGGAUAUGUUGUCCGAGAAACUUCCUCAUGUGAAAUGGAUUCUGCCUAACGCUCGGACGCAACCGGUCACCGUCAACUGGGGAAUGGAUUCCCCGUCGUGGUUCGACAUCUAUACACUCGGAGACCGAUCGAUGCCGCAGCGAGAGGACGAGCGGGGCAUGUUGGACUCUGUGGUUUCAAUAGAGGCGCUUGUUGCCGACGAAAUCGAGAAGAACAAUAUCCCGAGCGAACGAAUCAUUGUCGGCGGUUUCAGUCAAGGAGGUGCUCUGAGCAUGUUGUUUGGCACAACCACGAAGCACAAGCUAGGUGGGAUCGUCGUAUUGUCAGCCUGGCUUCCUCUCCGGGACAAGAUCGCAUCGAUGGUCUCUCCCGAGCUGAAGACCCUCCCGAUCUUUCAAGGUCAUGGGGUUCAGGAUGCGAUUGUACAGUGCGAGUGGGGUCGUCUCAGUGGGGAAUAUUUGAAAGAGAAGUUCGGUGUCAAGGUGGCAGAGCCGGGGAAACUGAAAGAGGGUGGGAUCAUCUUCAAGACUUACCAAGGAUUGUUACAUGGUGCGUCAGACGAAGAGAUAGAGGAUCUCUCCAAGUGGUUGCAGGAAGUUCUCCCCAACAAUUGACUCGCACCCCGAUUUUAGAUGACAUGAUGGACUUGGAUUUGAUGAUUCCCUUCCGUGCUUGUUCUCUCUAUAAAUGGUAGCAAUGUUUAGUGUACGUAAAGAAGAUGUAGGAUGACCUUGUACUAGAACUCGGUGCCAGUUACUGCGCAAGUCACAUAGGCCUGCCCUAAACAAUAACAGUCUGAC